UUCAAAGAAAGAGGUGUUAAGAUUAUUUUUCCUUCCAAGUUAUAAUAUCAAGUUAUUAUCACAGCUGUAAAUGGAAAAUCAUAAGCUAUGGGGUGGAAGAUUUGCGGAAGCUACCAGUCCAUGUUUGGAAAAAUUAAACCGCUCCAUAGACCUAGACAAGCGGCUGUACGAAGAAGACAUAGAAGGUAGCAAAGCCUACGCCAAAGCGCUUCUAAAGAUCAAAUUAUUGACUGAGGACGAAACCGAAGCCAUAUGCGAUGGGUUAGACAUAGUAAAAGUAGAAUGGAAAAAGGGUAUAUUCAACAUAUUACAAGGCGACGAAGAUAUACACACUGCAAAUGAAAGGCGAUUAAAAGAGUUAAUAGGAGCUCCAGCUACUAAACUACAUGUUGGGAGAAGCAGAAAUGACCAAGUUGUAACUGACAUGAAAUUAUGGAUGAGAUCGAAUUUAAGGUUGUUAGAUGAACAUUUAAGAGGGCUUAUAUCAAUAAUAGUGCAUAGAGCGUCGCAUGAACUUGAAGUUAUGAUGCCUGGAUACACUCACCUGCAAAGGGCACAACCUGUUAGAUGGAGUCACUAUCUCCUGAGUCAUGCAUGGAAUUUAAAGAACGAUAGUGACCGACUGGGAGAGAUUUUGAAGCAUACCAAUAUAAUGCCUUUGGGCAGUGGGGCUCUGGCAGGCAACCCUUUCAAUAUUGAUAGACUGAGCCUAGCAGCCGCCUUGAAUUUCGAUGAUAUCACACAAAACAGCAUGCAAGCAGUCAGUGACAGGGACUUUAUAGCUGAGUUUCUGUUCUGGGCAUCCGUGGUUGGGAUUCACCUCAGCAGAUUAGCAGAAGAUCUCAUUAUUUAUAGUUCUAAGGAAUUUGAAUUUGUCACUAUUGGCGAUUCUUAUUCCACUGGUAGCAGUCUGAUGCCUCAAAAAAGAAAUCCAGACAGUUUGGAGUUAAUAAGAGGAAUUGGUGGUAGUUUAUUCGGUCAGUGUUGCAGCUUCAUAAUGGUGCUGAAGAGCCUGCCCUCCACCUACAACAAAGACCUUCAAGGCGACAAAGAGGCCAUGUUUACCACUUUCGACAAGCUAACUUCCAUUCUGGAAGUCACAGCAGGGACUGUAAAAACCUUGAAGGUGAAUCCAGGGAAAUGCAAGUCUGCUUUAAGUUUUGAAAUGCUCGCCACUGAUGUUGCUUAUUACUUGGUGAGAAAAGGAGUGCCCUUUAGGGAAGCUCAUCAUUUGGCAGGGCAGGUCGUAGCUGCGGCCGAGGAGAAAGGGGUUAAUAUCUGCGAUUUGACUUUGGAGGAAUUGAAAUUAAUUAGUAACCAUUUUGGAGUAGAUAUUGGAAAAGUAUGGAACUAUGAAAACAGUAUAGAGCAGUAUCAGGCUACUGGAGGAACAUCUAAGUCAAGUGUACUAAAGCAAAUUGAAAAACUGCAAUCGUGGUUAGGCAAAAUAUUGCCAACUGAGAAAUGAAUGAUUUUUUUACCAA